UACAUUUUUAAUCAGUAUUAAAACCUAGUUUGUUUAAUCAAAUUCAAGUUUUUAUUGAUUAAAAAGGAAAAAAUAAAAAAAAGGGAAAAAUAUGCAUCAAGCAAAAAAACUCGUUUAACUUAACAUGAAGUUGGGUCGCUCUGUGAGUUUCUCAGUUUGCCAGCCAACCGUUCCUUAAACCAAGAUCAUCAUCAUCUAAUCUGCAUAGUGUCGUGGUCUCCGGACAACUUAAAACUUAAAACUUUAAAAAGUGCGAUUUUUGUUUUGUAUCAUUUUUGUGUAUUAAACAACAAAUGAAUCAGCAUUCUUCGACUUCGACUUCGACAACGACUCUAUAAGCUAGGCCUGAUUCAAAAACAACAAAAACAAACAAAACAACGUUAAGAGUGCAGUAUUACACCUGCGCUGCGGGCGGACGCGACGGAAAGAUUUGGCUUUAUUUUGUAUCUUAUAUUUGUAUUGCUCGCUUGUUGUGGUCAGUAGUAGCAAGUGCUGUUGGGGAUACUGCCUGACACAGAUUACGUUACAUCUUCGCCCAGAAUACAUUUAUAAUAAAAUAAAAACCGUGCACGCAGUGCUUAGAAUUAUGAACAAAAUUUAGAUCUUUUUUAAUUCAAAAAGCGAUUUUUAUGUCCCACCUCAAUUUAAUUUAACAAAAAAUAAAAGAUAAUAUGAAAGGGUACAUAUUUUCGGUCAAAAAUACAUAAGAAAACAUCAUCAACAAAAAGUAUUAACAAACGGCAAACAAUAUAAAAAAAGAAAAUUUUCAAAAAAAAAAAAUAAAAUAUAUUUAUUAUAAAAAAAAAUAAAAAAUGUGUGAUUUAAAAAAGUAAUUUGCAUCUUAUAGAUACAAAAAUAUAUUGUAUCUUAAUUUCAGUCUGCAGUUCGAAAUGAUGCGAAGCUAAAUUCAUUUUCAAAAACAAAACAUAACAAAACGAAAUUGUGAUAUUGUUUAGUGCAUUUAAAAAUAACAAAAAAAAACAAAAAUAUUUUUGUUGUCUGUGAUUUAUAUUUAAAAAAAUAAUAAUAAAUAAAUAAAUAAUCUAAAAUGUUGUUGGGAAACUUUUUCAACAAUCCGGGAAGUGUUUUUUGUAAAAACUAUCACCACCAAUUGGCCUCAACCCUUAUAGUUAAUUUGAUCACAUUGAGCCAUGGCAUCGCAUACGCAUGGGUCUCACCGAUGCUUUUCAAAUUGCAGUCUGAUGACUCGCCGUUGGAGUUUAGAAUCUCCGUAGAGGAGGCUUCGUGGAUUGGAGGCCUAACCGGUAUUGGAGGAUUGGCUGGGAAUGUAAUUUUCGGCAUCCUGCUGGAUAGCAUUGGCCGCAAGCUAUGUAUAUACCUUGUAGCCUUGCCACACAUAGGUUUCUGGAUCAUGGUUUACUUUGCUAAUGAUGUCUCGCAUCUUUAUAUGGCCCGCUUAUUUGGAGGUUUUGCGGGAGGAGGCAUCUAUGUUCUUAUUCCAAUAUUUGUUUCCGAAAUUGCAGAUGCCAAAGUCCGUGGUAGACUUGGGUCACUUUUCUGUUUCUCACUUAAUGUGGGCAUUCUUUCGGGGUAUAUAAUUGCAUCACACAUCCCCUACUUGGUAAUUCCUUGUGUGGUAGUUAUCUUACCAAUUCUGUACCUUUUGCUGGCAAUACACUUCCCUGAAACACCUCAGCAUUUGCUUCACAAAGGGUUAGUAAAUGACGCCGAGAAGGCUUUGAAAUUCUAUAAAAACUAUCAAGGAAGCAGUAAAAUAAAUGAUCAAAAAUUCAACACCGACUUUAACGAACUUAAAUUGUCCGUCCAAUGCACAGAUGAUAAGAAGGAAGUUUCAUAUAAGGACUUUUUGACAAAGAGAUCCUUGAAAGCCUUAUGCAGUGGUGUUGUCCUUGCUUUUGUGAAUAGUUCGUCAGGAGUCUUUGUGAUCCUCAAUUACUCGUCGAUGAUUUUUGCCGAAACUCAAUCCACGAUGGAUCCAAAUACGAAUACCAUCAUAAUUGGAGCAGUUCAGAUAGUUGGCUCAUACUGCGCGACCGUUUUAGUUGAUCGUCAUGGAAGGAAGAUUCUAAUGCUUCUCUCUACCAGCGGAAUGUUUCUAGGCCUUACCACUAUUGGAGCGUAUUCAUAUUUUGCACAUACAAUCGACUUGACUUCCAUGUCAUGGCUACCGGUGGUUAUAAUAUCAUUUGUUAUAUUUUCGGCAAAUAUCGGCGUUGUUGCGGUCACUUUCGUGCUUCUGGUUGAAGUUCUUCCGCCGAAGAUUCGUUCAUUGGGAUCAACAUUCUGCCUGGUGCUAAUGAGUGUAUUCGUAUUCACAGUUCUCAAAUUAUUCCCUGUUUUAAUGGUGAUCAUUGGUCUGGCGGGAGUUAUGUGGAUAUGUGCAUCAAUUUCUGGAUUUGGAUUUUUGUAUGUUUUAUUAUUUUUACGUGAGACUAAGGGAAAAUCACUGGACGAUGAUAAUGCAUAUGAUUGAUAUUUAUAAGAACAAAACCAUAAAACUUAGUGAAUUAAAAUGUUAUAUGAGAUUGAUACGAGUAAAUUAUACCAAAAGCUCUUUAAAUAAUUUAA